AUGUCAACAGGGGACGCCUCACAGCAAGCAUUCGAGACCGCUAAGAAGUCCUUUCGAAAGAGUCUCAAAGAUGAGGCACUGUUCCGCGACAUACUAGAAACAACCAGCAUUGAAAAAGUCUGGGAGGUGGUCAAGGCCAUCCAAGCAAAGCAGGAUGCCGAGAAGCGUCUCCGGAACAUGGCAAAGAUCCGAGGCUUCCUGGACAAGUUGUCAGUGUACGCUGAUACCGUUGACACGUUCAUACAGGUCAAGCCAGAUAUCAUGGCCUUGAUUUGGGGACCCAUCCGGCUGUUGCUGGUAUGGACUGGCAAUAUCACAAAGUUUGCCGACGCCAUUACCAAAGUCAUGAUGAAGGUCGGCGACGCCCUCCCGCAGUUUGCCGAUGUCGUCAAUAUAUUUGGCGAUAACGAAAAGCUAAAGGCCGUCCUGGCCUUGUUUUACAAAGACAUUCUCGACUUCUAUGCCAUCGCCUUGGAAUUUUUCAACUUGUCAAGACCAAGGAUCCUCUUUGAAUCUGUGUGGCCAAGACAGCAGGACAAGAUCGACGUCGUCAUCAGUAAUAUAGAGCGGCAUACCACUUUGCUGAGAAGUGAAGUCACAAUGCGGCAUAUAAGAGAAGAACAUGAACUUAGAGCCAAGUCGUUGACACAUUUCGACCAAGAAACCGAAUUCCAGGACCAGCAGCGCUUCCAGACCUUGAAAACUCGCAUAUCCCCUCGGACCUACGACGACCAGCUGGACUGGCUGCUCAACCGCUCAUGCCAAGGUUCGGCAAAAUGGCUGAUCAAGGACAAGAGCUUCUUGGGUUGGCUUGAAACGUUCAACACUGCUGGUAAAUGGCUGUGGAUUCAUGGGAUUCCGGGGUCAGGGAAGACUUUUCUGUGUGCCACCGCGGUCACGGAAGCCAAGGCACGCCAUCGAACUCUCUUCGCCUUCGCUAGCCACAUUCAUCAAAGCACCUUGACAGCGAGAUAUAUUUUACAGUCUCUCGUUUUCCAACUAGCAUUCGAUUCGAAAGACGCUCAAAUAGCUAUCGUGAAUUCCGACGAACGGAACUUGUCUGGGAGUACCACAUUCGUCUCAGGCCUGCUCAAGACACUGCUGAAAAAUAUCGGGCCUACAUAUAUCAUUCUCGAUGGCCUUGACGAGAUGGAUGUAGUCGAGAGGAGGAUACUAUUGCAGCAGCUAGACGAGUUGGAUGACUGCACCGAGGUAAAGAUACUUGUCAGCAGUAGGCCUGAGGACGACAUCGCCAACACUCUGGCGGCCAAAGCCGUCGGCAUUCGAGUGGAUAAGGAGAAUUCAGGCGCCAUUCAAACAUAUGUUAACCAGAGGACUCAGAGCUGGCUGGACGGAGAGGGCUUCGAUCAGGAGGCACGGCGGCAGAUUAAGAGUCUUUUGCUUCCUGUCACCGGUAAUGCAAAUGGCAUGUUUCUAUACGCUCGAAUUAUCUUGGACAACGCCGAACUUCUCACCAGUCUCGAGGAAAUUGAAGACGAGCUGAAAGCACUUCCCCUGGAUCUGAAUGACGCGUAUCAUCGAAUAUUCGCUCGGAUCAACGAGUCACAUCCGAUUUUACGAAGAAAGGCAAGAAUGAUUCUCGGCUGGCUUGGGUGUGCCCCCGUUCCCCUGACGCGACUGGAAAUGGAACAGGCUCUGUUGGUCGACCCAGACUCUCAGGCAGCCCCUACAGUCAUCACAAGUGUUAAUUUCGUUCGUACUUGUGGGCCCAUGGUGGAAAUCGUCGAUGAGCGCCCUCAGUUUGUCCACUUUACCGUUAAGGAAUAUAUCUUCAGUCGGGACAUUAGCAACUUCAUCGAUAAGGCUGAAGCUAAUUACAGCCUCGCAAAGUCGACGCUUGCGUAUUUGUGCUCCGGUAUAUAUGACAUAGAUAUCUCCGAUGAACAGGUUCGAAACAACAUCGUGGCUGGAAAGUAUCGGCUGCACUGGUUUGUCACGAGCCAGUGGACUGCUCUCAUCAGCCGUUGUUUUGUCGAGGCAUCCAAAGACCUGUCCGCCUACCCAGACCUCUUGGAGUUGCUCACACGUUUGGCACUGGAGCUCAGGAACUAUGGCUUCAAAGGACAGAUUAAUCGCAAAGAGGGCAUUUUUCAGAGCCUCGAGUCGGACUGGCCCGAGAUCUCCAACAUCAUUUGCGGGGUCCUGGCGUUUCGCCAGGAUGAUAGGCAAACGGAUUGGAACUAUACCAACGGUUCCACAUGGGUUGAUUCUGAUCCUUCGAUACUGUCUCUCGUGUCGGCUCGCGUCUAUGAACAGUUCGAGAAGCUGGUGUGCAGCGAUAAAGAGCAUAGCAAGACCGACUGCCACUGUGCGACACUGCAGAGGCACUACGGAGGCAACAUCUUCAAGUGCACUUUCCCUAGCUGCGACCUGCAUCGGCAGGGGUUCCCUUCGCGAAGAGCUCGGACGGCGCAUAUCGAGCACCAUGCUCGUCCGUGGAAGUGUUCGGAGCCAGAAUGCCCGUUUGCUAUCAUCGGCUUUGCAAAGAGUCGAGAUCGAAACGAGCACUGGCGAAAAAGGCAUCAAGUUACCUGGCAGAAGGGACGUACGGACCCGAACCAGGGAACCAUCACCCGUGACGACCUUGCAGUGCUAUUAUUCGAGCUGACCAAAAACGGUGACGUUGAUGGUCUGCAGAAGGCGUGGUGUCUGCUGGGUGGCAACUUCCACCUUGCAGAAGCCGCCCUGACCCUUGCCGCAAAGAUGGGCUCUCUACUAAUGGUGGAGACUUUCUCUGUGUUGAUGAAGGAUGCCCCUGUCAUGCAUAACUCGGAUGGGAUGCUCUUCGGCCGGGUGCUAUUCAGAAACACGGUGCCAUUCCAGACCGCCAUCGUGAGGAGCGGGAAUCCCGACCUCUUCCGUUGGUUGCUAGACGAGAUUUGUGGCCUGAAGCGGGUUGAGUACGGCCGGUUAGCCGGCGAGGCUUUCUCAACCCACUCGCCCGACAUGUAUGCCGUGUGGGAGGAAUUUCUGCUGGACCCGACGCGGCGCUUAGCAGGCGCGUGCGAGUACUACAGCGAGGGUGGAGAGGAAGUCAACCCGGACGGAGAGUUCCGCGAAGCCAAGAAGCUCCUCCUCCAGUACAACAAGCGUUCUGUUCUCUUCGACUCGCCCGCAUUCGGCAGUGCUGCGAAGGACGCUUUCUGCGAGGCGAGGCUCUUUCAGACCUGGCAGCGCCUAAUCGAUGUCUUAGGGGGCGAGCCACUCAACCCGCGCUUCCUGGGCUGGUCGUUGACGCGUCUGGCAAAGAUGGCGAAGCCGUCCAUCUCGAUUGCCAAGGAGCUGCUGCGACUAGGAGCACCCAUCAACUUCCCGCGCGGGAAGGCAGGCGCCAUACCCAUCACUACUACUACCACCACCGCCACUGCCGACGCAGCGUUCAGAACGCAAAACGGCCGCGUUGCGCGGAAGACACGCCGCCAAACCCGGCACCGCGGCAUGACGGCGCUGCACCACGCGGCGUACGGCACGUCCGAGGCGGCGGCACGCUUGACUCGCUUUCUGCUGGAGGAGGGGGCAGAUCCGGAGUACGGGUUUGCGGGUUACCAGCCGAAGAAUGAGCGGGGCGCGGUGCUAAUGGAGAAAUGGCUGGGAGAGUUAUGGGAGGCGGUCGUGGCGAGAACUGGGGAGGCGAGGAGAGAAAGGAGAGAGAGGGACGGUGAGGACGACGAGUACAGCGAGAGUAGUGACGACGAGUGGAGGGAGGAGGGGGAUGAGAGUGACAGGGGAAGGGGGAGAGCAAAACGGCGGAAGACUCGACGGGCGGGUAAGAAACGGAAGGUGGACAGCAGUGAAGACGGCGGUGAUGAUGACAGCCAAGUCGGCCGAGAAAGCGACCCGACGGCAAAACGGCGACGGAGCCAGCGGGUCACUGAGAAGCGAAACAUGAAGGAGUCUUGUGACGACGAAGAUGCCGAGAUGAGUAAUGAUGGCGAAUAG